AGUACUGGAUCUGAAUCAUAAAGACCACUGUGAUGAUUUGUGUACGUAGACGCGUGAAAACUGAGCUCAAGUUUUUCCUCUUUACGGAAGAUUUUGACUCAUCUGGUGAAGCUUCAGCUUGCUUUGAAGUUAAGCCUAGAGAAACGGUUUAACGAUGUCAGCAGCGAAACGAGACUUUGGAUCAUUUCAUUCAUCAAAUGUUGAAGAGCUCAUAUCAGUUUCUGAGGUUGAUUAUGUUCCUCCAGAGCUGCCAGCUGAUCUGCCAAAUUUCACCAACUACCGAGCUGACCCAACUAGUCUUCCAUCAUUCGGUCUAGAAAUGAAGAAGAGGCAUUUCCUCCUGGAGGAAGAGUGUACUUUCCUCAACCACGGUGCCUUCGGCGCCGUCCUCAAGGAGGCGUUGACGGCUUCCCAGAAGUGGCAGAUCCACAUCGAGAGACAGCCCCUGAGGUUCUUUGACCGAGAAUCACUGCCGCAGCUGGUGCAUGUUGUCCGCAGACUGGCCAAAUUUGUCGGUUGUAAUCCCACUAAGCUUGUUUUGGUGCCCAAUGUCACAACGGCCAUCAACUGUGUUGUGAAGAGUUUGAACUUCAAACAAGGAGAUGUCAUAUAUUGUCUGAAUGUCACUUAUGGUGCUGUGAAAAAGCUUUUGAGUCACGUUGCCGAGACAACAGGUGCAGUUAUACAGACGGAGAGGAUAACAUUCCCACUGGUUUCUAAAGAACAGAUAGUGGAAACAGUUAAGAAGAGUCUUAAAGCUGGCACACGACUGGCUGUGUUUGAUCACGUGCCCAGCAACACGGCUUACAUUCAACCAAUCAAAGAGCUCAUCGACAUCUGCCAUGGAAGGGGAGUGCCAGUGUUGAUCGACGGAGCGCACACCCUGGGUGCUCUACCCCUGGCACUGGACGCCCUGGGGGCCGACUUCUACACCUCCAAUGCCCACAAGUGGUUCUGCAACCCCAAGGGGUGUGGCUUCCUGCACGUCGGGAGGGAGUGGAGGGAUGCUGUCAGGCCCCUCGUGGUGUCCCACGGGUGGGGAAGCGGGUUCAGCUCUGAGUUCAUGUGGUCAGGCCUUCGCGAUUACAGCCCCUUCCUGGCUCUGCACACCGUCCUCGAUUUCUGGGAAGCCGUCGGUGUGGAUAAAAUCCGUCAGUACAAUCAUCAGUUACUUUGCAGUGCAGCCCAGUUGUUGAUGGAAGAGUGGAAUACAGGACUAUUGGCACCGUUGGAAAUGUGUGGGUCCAUGGCUCUCGUGCAGCUCCCACCUCACAUCGCUGAAAGCAAGACUAAGAAUUACAAUGCAGCUGAACUGAUUCAAAACAAGCUGUACCAUGAGUUUAACAUCGAGGUACCAAUUAAAGCGGUAGAUGGUAAACUGUACGUCCGUAUCUCUACUCACAUAUACAAUGAGCUAGCAGAGUACCAGCAACUUGCGACGGCCAUUAAAAGUAUUCAGACAUGACGCAAAUAAAUAACUCGGAGUGCCUUCCACAGAGAGCAAGCCCAUUAGGGUCAUGAAUAGCCAUAAUUAAUAUACUGAUUAGUUGAUGAAAGGGAAGCAAUGAAAUAACAGGGUGGUUUUUUUUAACAUUAUAAUUCUAUUUAUCAAUCUUAUGACUAUGUAGCCUCAGGUUAUAGCCUUGUAUCUAUGAUGGAUAAGGAUAAAUUAUGAACUGAUUCCAAAAAAAACAGUAGUGCUGUGAGAGUAUUUAUAUGUAUGGAGUAAGGUUUUAAGCAGUGGGCAGUGAAUGUGCCUGAACCAUCAAGAAGUCACAGUUGAUUUUAUCUCGAUUAAAAAACCUCUCGUGGCAUUGAACUUUGUUUUCUGUCACUAGGCAUACAAAUUAUAUUUGUGGCAGAUUUACCGUCUGUUGCAAUUCAGCCUUGCCAUGUUCCCGGACGAAGCUUACAAAAAAUAUUGAUAAGGAAAAUAAAUACUGGCGCAAAGUAGAUCUUGAAAUUGUUCAGAACUGUUAUCCUCCCUGUAGGAGACGCUCAAACAUUGUGAUCAUAAUCGGUGUAGUUUAUUGCUGGAAAGAAAAUGGACCGUCUGAUUUGGACGCUGUCAUAACAGAGAAAAAGAUUUUUAUCAAAUUGUGGUUAGAAUGGAAUGUAAUAAUUAAAGCUACCUCCAGUGACCCUUGCGGUUUGGGUGUCCUUGGCGUAUACACUGUCCUGCUCACAUUAGAACCUACGAAGCCGUAUUAGGGACAUGGUGAAAAUUGUCUCCCUUUUCAGCUAAAGGCGCCUUUCCAUACGUACGUCGACACUUGCGCCAAGCGCUAGCGUAGCGUAUCCGUCGAACCAAACGCAAAGCACAGGCGUGUUAGGUUAAUAAUCUCACAUUAUGAACAGUUAGCUAUACAUGUAUCUGAAUACGAGAACGUGGUUCUGAAGUACGUACGAGUUAACUCAAGAAGGAGAGAACUUUUUAAGCGUAAUUUAUUCAAUAUUUAUGUAUACUGAGCAGA